GGAUUAUGAGUUUCUGACCCUGUCUCAAAAAAAUAAAAAAUAAAAAGCAUCUUAUGACCUCAGACUGAGUAGAGAGGAGGGUGCACAGGGAGCUGGGAGAGUGUGGGGGUCGGGGAGUGUACCCCUCCGGUCUGCCCCCCACUCCCCCGCUUCCUGCCCCCAGGACCUUUGCACUGGCCAGGGUCACCCUGUACCAGGCUGGCAGAAAGUAAAUGCAGUGACUGAGUUAGGAGAGAGCUUACCACAGGCGCCAGGCUCCGAGCGCGGUGGGCGCCGUUACUGUCCCAGCUGGGGAGUAGGAUUCUAGAAUGUCCAACAGGCGCUCUGCCCCCCACCCGCCAUGUGGGGAAGGGAUUUGAGCUUGGAAGGAUGCCUGGGAGUUUGGGGGUAGACACGGCAGGUUCUCAGAACUGCGCCCAGACGCGUAGCCAUGAGGAGUGGCCAGCAAGCCCAGUGUAGGCGCCCCAAUCAUGGGGAAGGCCUGGUUACCAGCCCCCCACAUCUGUGAGGUCUGUCUGAUGUCCUUCCUUGGUUGGGGAAGAGGGUGGCCAUGUUAAACCACGUGGUCCAGGCUUGAGAAGAGGAGGGGGCGCCGAGGGCAGGGCAUCUGGGGAUGUGUAGGAGUUCAAGAGGGUUCUCAGCCCCACACCAGCCUUGGCUCUUUCCUUUGACGGGCCCUUGUGCCAAUGUCCUGGCUGUGGCUGGUCCUGUGGGACAGAGAGGGCCUGGGCCGGCCUGGCCAGAGAGGACAGGGAACAUGGCCAGCAGGUCUGUGACCCGGUCACUUGUUGUUUACCUUCCUACCUUGUUGGCCACGAGGGACCGUGAUAUGGACGCCCACCAUGGCCUCCCCGAGGGGGUGGGACCUAGAGAACAGUGACAGAUGGGACCAGCAGGCAGAGGUACUCAGGGAUGAGUUCCACCCGUUCAUCGAGGCGCUGCUGCCGCACGUGCGCGCCUUCGCCUACACCUGGUUCAACCUGCAGGCGCGGAAGCGCAAGUACUUCAAGAAGCACGAGAAGCGGAUGUCCAAGGACGAGGAGCGCGCGGUGAAGGACGAGCUGCUGGGCGAGAAGGCCGAGGUGAAGCAGAAGUGGGCGUCGCGGCUGCUGGCCAAGCUGCGCAAGGACAUCCGGCCCGAGUGCCGCGAGGACUUCGUGCUGGCCGUGACCGGCAAGAAGGCCCCGGGCUGCGUGCUCUCCAACCCGGACCAGAAGGGCAAGAUGCGGCGCAUCGACUGCCUGCGCCAGGCCGACAAGGUGUGGCGCCUGGACCUGGUCAUGGUCAUCCUGUUCAAGGGCAUCCCGCUGGAGAGCACGGACGGCGAGCGGCUGGUGAAGGCGGCCGCCUGCGCGCACCCGCUGCUGUGCGUGCAGCCGCACCACAUCGGCGUGGCCGUCAAGGAGCUGGACCUGUACCUGGCGUACUUCGUGCGUGAACAUGACGCGGAGCAGAGCAGCAGCCCCAGGACAGGCGUGGGCUCCGACCAGGAGGACAGCAAGCCCAUCACGCUGGACACCACGGACUUCCAGGAGAGCUUCGUCCACGUGGAGUCGGGGUGCGGGCCGGGGCCAGGCGGGCGCGGGGUGCGUACCUGGGUCAGGCAGAGCGGGGAGGAAUACAUCCCGGGGCGCUGGCACCGGAGGCGCAGAGGCCGAGCGGCCGCCGAACUUACUGAGUCAUUUUUGCAGCGGCUCCUCCCGCUCCUCCCUCCGCCGUCCUCCCCGCCCCGCGCCGCCUCCCGCCCGCCCCCGCUCCCUCCCCGCCGCCGCAUCCAACUUUCAAAGAAUCGCCGACAGCAAACAAACAAACAAACUGUGGCCCGCGGACCCGAGUCCCCUCCCCCGAAACCCGUCCAUCUGCGCUCAGGUUCCAGGGACGUGGCAACCCGGUCCAGGGCAGAUGGGGCUGAAUCGCAGCGGCCCCCACCCCACCUGUGCCCCGGACGCCCCCCACACCCCUUCUGUGCCCCAGCUGCCCCCCACACCCCACCUGUGCCCCAGCUGCCCCCCACACCCCACCCCCCCCCCACCCCCACCUGUGCCCCGGACGCCCCCCACGCCCCACCUGUGCCCUGGACGCCCCCCACGCCCCACCUGUGCCCCAGCUGCCCCCCACACCCCACCUGUGCCCCGGACGCCCCCCACGCCCCACCUGUGCCCCCAGCUACACUCCACCUGUGCCCCAGCUGCCCCCCACACCCCACCUGUGCCCCCAGCUACACCCCACACUCCACCUGUGCCCCAGCUGCCCCCCACACCCCACCUGUGCCCCAGCUGCCCCCCACACCCCACCUGUGCCCCAGCUGCCCCCCACACCCCACCUGUGCCCCCAGCUGCCCCACACACCCCACCUGUGCCCCAGCUGCCCCCUAG